AUGAAAGUGCAUCUACUUCUCAUAUUCGCCUUCGCGUACAUCGCCUUCACCUGCCCCAACCCAGCCGCAACCCUCGCCAUGCCGCAGACUUACAACAAGGCCUUCAUCCCCCUCGAAUCGAACCCGGAAGUGUUCAAUGAACUCAUAGGGCUUCUCGGCGCCUCGCCCGCGCUGCAAUUCGAAGAUGUCUUCGCGCUCGACGACCCCGCACUACUCCCACAGAAGAUCCUCGCUCUCGUCCUCGUCUUCCCCACGACACCCACCUUCGAGGCCCGGUUAACGGCCGAAGAGGCGGGCGCUCAGGAUUGGAUGGUGGAGCACAACGAAGAGGACGAGGACGCCGCGUGGUUUAAGCAGACGAUCAACAACGCCUGUGGGCUGUACGCCAUUCUACAUGCUCUGGCCAACGGCCGUGCCAAGGACUUUCUGAGGCCAGGAUCAUUGUUGGACACUCUGCUAUCCAUUACGGCGCCGAUGGACCCCGCUCAGGCGGCCAUGGUGCUCGAAAGCUCCACGGAAUUGGAAGAUGCCUAUUCUUCCGUCGCAAGAAAGGGCGACACGACUGCGCCGGCAAGUGCCGAGGACGAGGUGAAUUUUCAUUACAUUUGCUUUGUCAAGUCUCCUGACACCGGCCAUCUGUAUGAGCUAGAUGGCGAUCGUAAGGGGCCCGUUGACAGAGGCGUACCGGACGAGGAGCAGCGGGUGGACCUCGGGGACAAGUCACUCGAUGUGGUGCGGGACUUCAUUGCCAAGGGAGGGGAAAACAUUGGAUUCAGCCUCAUGGCCCUGGUAGAAAAGUCAUAG